UCCCUCGGCUCUUGCUCACUGGGGUAGCUGGGACCGUUAGCUCGCCAGGCUGGCAAGCUGCGGGGUCCAGCUCUGCGGUCGGCCGAGAUGGAGACGAUGCGAGCACAGCGGCUGCAGCCCGGCGUAGGUGUCGGCGGGAGAGGCACUCUGCGAGCGCUGCGGCCGGGGGCGCUGACCGGGAGCAAGAGACUUGGGCAGCCCCCCAGUCCAUCCGCAUUUGGCGCUGUUGUCCGUGCUGAGCUAGCUGCUUCUCUUGCAGUGAAUGUGGUGGAAGCCCUUCAGGAAUUCUGGCAGAUGAAGCAGUCCCGGGGCGCCGACUUGAAGAACGGGGCUCUGGUGGUGUAUGAGAUGGUUCCCUCCAACAGCCCUCCCUACGUCUGCUACGUCACUUUGCCUGGGGGAAGCUGUUUUGGGAGUUUCCAGUUUUGCCCCACAAAAGCUGAGGCCCGGCGAAGUGCUGCGAAGAUUGCGCUAAUGAACUCCGUGUUUAAUGAGCAUCCAUCCCGAAGAAUCACUGAUGAGUUUAUUGAGAAGAGUGUCUCAGAGGCCCUGGCGUCCUUCAAUGGUAACAGAGAGGAAGCUGACAACCCAAAUACAGGGAUUGGUGCUUUUCGAUUCAUGCUGGAAUCUAAUAAGGGCAAGUCAAUGCUGGAGUUCCAGGAGCUCAUGACAGUUUUUCAGCUGCUGCACUGGAAUGGCAGCCUCAAGGCCAUGAGGGAAAGACAGUGCUCUCGACAGGAGGUGUUGGCUCAUUAUUCGCACCGGGCCCUGGAUGAUGAUAUUCGCCACCAGAUGGCUUUGGACUGGGUGAACAGGGAGCAGAGUGUGCCAGGGGCACUGUCUAGAGAGCUGGCCUCCACUGAGCGGGAGCUGGAUGAAGCCCGGCUGGCGGGCAAGGAGCUGCGCUUCCACAAGGAGAAGAAGGACAUCCUCAUGUUGGCUGCUGGGCAGCUGGGCAAUAUGCAUUCCUCCAGCUGCUAAGCAUCUGCCCUCACCUGCCAUGCCCUUCAGCCCUUUUUUUGUAUGUCUCCUUUCUAAGACGUAGGACGAUUUCUGUAUAUACUUUCUCAAUUUUAUACUUUUAAAUAUAGAGAUAUAUGUAUAAAUCCUACAGCUGGAUUCCUGUUUGCGGAGACCCCUUUUCUAACCCCCGUUUGGGGAUGUAGUUACUUUGCAGUACCACUGUUCCGUGUGAGAGCUUUGCUGGCUCGGCACCUGCAGAGGAGGAACAGGAGUCGCUCCUGUAGCACAGCACACUUUACUGAGUGUUCCUGUCUCUUUUUCUUAAAAAGCAGCCAGCCCGCCAGGUGGUGGCUCAUACCUUUAAUGGCAGCACUCAGGAGGCAAAGGCAGUUUGCCUUUUCAAACUCUGUGAGUUUGAGGCCAGCCUGGUCUACAGAACAAGUUCCAGAACAGCCAAGGCUACACAGAGAAACUCUGUCUCAAAAAGCCAAAAAACAACAACAAAAAAAAAACAGCAAUCAGGUGUGAGUGUGAUGACUCGUAGCCAUCACCUCUGCACUCAGCAGUCUGUGAAGGCGGCCAGCCUGGACUACACAGUUACAGGGCAGCGUGGGCUCCAGGGUGUAAGACCGUCUCAAACCCCUCUUCUACAUACGAGACAAGAGUCGGAUAAGGAGUAUGUGUUCCACCCUCACCCAUGUUUGCUUUCUCCGUACUGAAAUGGUGUGUGUCGAGCUUUGGCUCGAGGUGGACCUUCUGGCGCUCCUCUCCUGCUCUUUCCUCCUUCCUUGCCUCCAAAUGCUCCUUUGUUUGGGGGCUUCCCUACCUUAUCCAGAAGGAACAGGAGAUCUGGCUUUUUUGUUUCGUGAGACAUCUUACUAAGUAAGUAGCCCUGGCUGGCCUGGAGCUCCUUCUGUAGACUAGGAGAGCUUCAUACAUGUGGCGGUAUUCCUGCCGAGGUCCUGGGCAUGUGUCACCAUGCCUGGCUUGGCUUUUAUUUUGAAGUCACUCCUGACAAACUGCUCAAGAACAAGAGAAUUCUAAACCCAAUGGAGGGUGGGGAUGGACACCAGUCCCUAAACUCUUCUGGCCUUAUCGCUACCUUCCAGCCGAGUGCUUUCUGCUGUAAGAGGAGCCUAGGGCUUCGGCUGCUUACCUUUACCAUUCUGUGCCACUUCUCCCUGCCCAUCAUAUGUGGUAAGGCUACACACAUGCGCACACACUUCUUCUUCCCAUUUCAUUUUGUUUAUGUAGCCCAGGCUAGCCUCAAACUCUCCUUGCAGCUGAGAAUGACCUUGAACUCCUGAGCCUCCUGCACCCACUGUGCUGGGAUUACAAUGGAGUACCACCUCACCUGCCUUAACCCUUCCUUCAAUGAUUGGAAGAAGUAUUCUGCUCUUUAGAAGCUGUUAUCUGGUCUGUGUAGUGAGAACCAUGGUCCUCUCAGACCCACCGAGUUGUGCUGUUUACUCUUAGAUUCUCAUUUCCUGUGUCUUCCUCCUUUUCCUCCACAUUGCCUGUGAGAAUGUGACUUGAUGAAACUUGGAUGAGAAUGUGGUUCUUCCUAAGUGGAACCUUGGGCGCCUGCAGGAGAGGAAAGAGAACGAGGUACUUGUGUGUGCAGAGAGAGAUGUCUUGAAGGCAGAGCUCUGUGCUUUUGGAGACUUUUAUGGAGUAAGCUGUUCCCCUUGUUUCCGGGAUCUCCGCUACACUGUUAUUGUUCACUGCACUUUCUAUCAUUUUAAUGCUACUAUAAUUUGACUUCUCAUUUAACAGUUGUGAUUUGUUUAUUGAUUAGGAACUGGGCCUGGUGAUGCAGGUCUGUAAUCCCAGUUACUCUGGAGGAUAAGGCAGGAAGAUCAGAAAUUCAAGGUACAUCCCAGCUAGAGUGAGUUCAGAGGCAACCUGGGUAGCUUAGCAAGACUGUCUCAAAAAUAUGAAGUAAAAACAGGGCUGGGGAUAUAGCUUAGCCACGGGGUUUGACGGGUUUGUGAAGCCUGAGUUUAAUUUCUACUGCAGAAAGGGUGGGGGGGAGAGUGGGAGAUUUGGGGGGAGGAGGGGAAGAAGGGGAUAGAUUAGAUCACAGCUCACUUGGCAGGAGCAAGGUGAAAAGCAGCUUUCUUGCUUUUGAAAUCAUCUUUGUGACAAGGACACAUGGGGUCAGGUCGUGAGCCCAGGGACAACAGUGUCAGUGCUUAGAAAAGGGUUCCUCCAUUCCUCUAACCCUGCCUCUUUAUUUCACAAAGCAGACUGGGUCGGAACAGAGGCUCCCAUAUUACACGGUCAGUGCACCUGUCUUAAAUUGGUAUCUAUAACCCAGAAGUCACGAACCCUCCCACUUCUCCUGUGCGCCGUUCUUUGUUAAGAUGUGUUAAGGGGUAUGUGCUUGGGGAAGAAUUGUCUUUGCACCUUCUGGAUUUAUUUUUCUCAAAAACCCAAGACUCCAAAAAACAUGAGAAAAAUUGUUUUGUCCACUUUUGAUGUUGAAGAUUUUAGUUAUCUUUUUGGUACUUUCUAUGUAUUUUAUAUGUAAAAUUUUACACAAUUAAAAAUGGGUUUUGUCUAGUAA